UUAUUUUCCUCUUUUCUUCAAGGGUUUUUAUUUGAUCUUCAGUUUGUAUUGCCAUCUUUUCCUUUUUAUUGUUCUAUUGAACUGUUAUUUGUGGUUUUUUUAUUUUUAAUUUUAUUGGUCUUAUUUUAUGGGUGUGUAAUAUAUUGAUCUGAGGUUUUGAACAUAUUUUUAUAUCUGUCGCUAUUUAUCUGGUGAUUAGAUUCUAUUAAUCAUCUUUGAUACUGGAAAAAUUUGUGAACGGGGUUGGUGGGGGAGCAAUGUUCAGAUUGUGCAAUAGGAAAUCAAUUUGGUUUUUUGGAGUCCAAAAUUUUGAUUUGGUAGAUUGGUUUAUAUGAUUUUGAUUUGGUUUCUGUGAUCAUUGUUGGCUGUGGUGUGCUAUAUCAUGUGUUGUGGAUUUCUGUAAUGUGUUGUUAUGGUGAUUAUAUUGAAUUUGUCAUUAUAAAUGGCUUGUAUUAAAGAGAUCAAAAGAAAUUAUUGGAGGUUACUUUGCUGAAUAAUCUUAUUGGCUGGUGGGGAACUGUGUUUGUUUGAUCAAAUCUUAUGAUUAGGAUUGUCUUAAUUUCUAAGAUGUCAACAUGUAUAAUGGAAAAGAAAGGUAAAUUCAAUUGCUGCUUUCAUAUUAUAGUGUUAAUGAUAAAUAAAAAAUGCUUCUAUUAACUCUAACAUUUUGAUGGAGGAAGGGUAAACCCUUUAGUUGUUUUGUGUUCUUUUAAGGGUUCAGAGCUCUGCAGGACUGGUAAUGAAGCCUAUUUAUGGAUUAUUUUUUAUGAAUUUCAGUAACCAAUUUAUUGUCCUUGGUGAACUAACACUUGAGUUUGAAAGUGUUUUAUUUAUCUUUCCUGUCAGUGGAUUUUGCAUCCCGGCCUUGUUCAUGUUACUUUUUCGGCAAUAUAUGCCUAGCUGGUCAUUAAAGAUGAAAUCAUAAAACCUGUGACUUUGUUGCUAUAUUUAACCUUCUAUUUUUCCCCUUUUGGGUAAUCAAGAUGUUAAAAAGGUGAAUGAUUUUUCAAUGACCUUGGUUACAUUUUUGGCAACUUAGAGCAUUAGCCAUUUUAGUAAAAAGUUAGCUAAAAUUCAUGUUUUAUAUGGUAAACCUUGUUGCUUAACAGUCAUCUCUCUUGUUGGCUAUAAAUAACCAACCCUGUUGAAUUAUGCAGAUGUAAACUUCUUGUAUUUUCUGAAGGGACUGGUUCAACCACAUUUUGGAGGAAACCUACUUAUCAUAAGUUAUCAAAAUUAUGCUGUGCCACUGUGGACGUCACUGGUACAUUGAUAGCUUACAAAGGGGAGCUUGGUAACUACGAUUGCAUGGCAGCCAAAGGAAUAGGACUCCCUUGUCCUGACAAUAAACAAGUUCACAAGGGCUUUAAACUGGUGUCUAAAGAGAUGGCAGCAAAGUAUCCAUGUUUUGGUUAUGCAGCAAAAAUGCCCAACAUUGUUUGGUGGAAAACUUGUGUCAGAGAUUCCUUCAUCAGGGGAGCCAAGUUGGGACUUUGGUGUAUUUUCUGGUCUUGAAGGCGUUGAGAAACCCAGCCCAAGAAUCUAUGAGAUAGCCCUUGAAAAAGCUGGAAAUAUAGCACCUGAGGAAACUCUGUACAUUGGAGACAGCUUUUGCAAAGACAACAUCCCUGCAAAGAGUGUGGGCAUGCAUGCUAUACUAUUAGAUAGAUUCAAGACACCUGAUGCUCAGGAAUGGAAGAAAUCCAGUGCAGUUGUGCUUCCCGAUUUAGUUGCAGUACAGGUUGGAGUUACUUCAGACAAGUUAAACUGUUAAAAAAGCCUACUUUUCACCAAAGAAGGAUUUAUUUGUAAAAUUCUUUAUUUACUUCCCAUUGAUGAAAUAUUAUUGCUCAUUGGUGACUGUUCUUUCUGCA